GGUCGUUUUGGGGCCAUUUGGGGACUCGUUUUUGAGUCACUUUGCAGCCAUUCUGGGGCUGAUUUGGGGCUCCUUUUAGCUCCAUUUUGGGCCAAUUUUGCCCGAAUUCGGGUCCGUUUUGGGCCCAACGCCGGGUCAGAUUCGAGCCCCCCCCCCUCACACUCUCGUGCCCCCUUUUGCACGCGCGUGUGCCCGCAGGACCCCCGCAAUAAGCACAAGUUCAAGGUUCACACCUACAGCAGCCCAACCUUCUGCGACCACUGCGGGUCGCUGCUCUACGGCCUGGUGCACCAGGGCAUGAAGUGCUCGUGCUGUGAGAUGAACGUUCACAAGCGCUGCGUGCAAAGCGUGCCCAGCCUGUGCGGCGUGGAUCACACGGAGCGGCGCGGCCGGCUGCAGAUCCGCGUGCAGCCCAUAGGGGGCGACACGCUGCGCGUCACCGUGGGGGAGGCCCGCAACCUGAUCCCCAUGGACCCCAACGGGCUGUCGGACCCCUACGUGAAGCUGAAGCUGAUCCCCGACCCCAAAAACGCCUCCAAGCAGAAAACGCGCACCGUGAAGGCGACGCUCAACCCCGUCUGGAACGAAGCCUUCGUCUUGUGAGCAGGGCUAUGGGGAGCUAUGGG